AUGCAUUGUCUUGUAAUGGAAUAUGCAGACAACGAAACUUUACGAAAAUAUCUGCAACAAAAUAAAUUAGAAUGGCCAGAAAAAAUUCGAUUAGCGAGCCAAAUAGCAGAAGGAAUGUCUUAUCUUCACAGCAUAGAUAUCACACAUCGUAAUUUGCACACCGCGAACAUUCUUAUCCAUAAGAAUGAUAUUAAAAUUUCAGAUUUUGGAUUUUCGAAAACACUCAAUAGCAUAGCGAUACGUAGCAAUAAAGUUUGUGGUGCAAUUCCUUUUAUUGAUCCUCAUAUCUUGAAAAUCAAAAUUAUCCAUUGUUCCGAUGAUGAUCUCUUACAAAGGAUCAUUUAUGGCUUACGUGAAGAGCCAAUUACAGGAAUACCUGCACGAUAUAUUAUUCUUUAUUCGAGAUGUUGGGAUUAUGAACAGAAUAAACGUCCUUCAAUGUUUCAAAUUUUUCAACAAUUGAAUUCCUUGGAAUUGAGCCCCAAAUAUGAAGAAUCUAAUCAGGACAGGUUUCAAACCGUUAUUAAAGAACACAAAUUACAAGAAAUAUCUUAUAAUAGUUUAGUAGAUAAGAAAAAGAUAGGACAUGGUGAUUUUGGAAGAGUGUAUCGGGCAACAUCUAGUUCACUAGGCGACGUGGCCAUUAAGGAAUUAGAAUCAAAAACGGAUGAAAAGACUCAAAAACUGUUUAUAAAUGAGAUAAAACGACUUAACAAAUAUAAUCAUGAGAUGAGCGAAUUAUUAAAUUUUAUGGGAUUAGUCUCGACGUGA